GCUCAUUCUACGAAUAGACUUUGGUUUUGUUUAACACAUAAUCUCAAGCUAAAGAUAACUUCAAAUUUUACUUGGCAACAGCUAAAUAACCUCUUGAGUAUCGCAUGUAGUCUUUAAAGCUAAUAAUACCCUUUUCUUGUUUGGUUGGGUACCUAGCAGCCUGGCGCGAAUUCCAAUCUGGGACCUUGGAAGGUAAAAUGGAUGAAACCUGUUAUUAUGAAGUCCUGGGUAUUCAGAAGAAUGCCUCAGGGGAUGAAAUUAAAAAGGCGUACCGUCGUUUGGCUCUGAGAUGGCAUCCUGACAAGAAUCCAGACAAAAAGGAAGAAGCUGAAAAACGAUUCAAACGAAUAAGUGAAGCUUAUGAAGUUUUGUCUGACCCCAAAAAGCGGGGUAUUUACGAUAAAUAUGGCAGGGAAGGGGUCUUGAACGGAUCUUCACGUGGUACCGAAGGGUUCGGAGGCGCUGAUCCCUUCUUUGUGUUCACACCAUUCCAGUUUCACUUCCGAGAUCCAAUGGAUAUAUUUAGAGAGUUCUUUGGUGGUUCUGGUCUAGACUCUUUCUUUGGACCAAGCAUGAGUGAUGUACACAGUUCGCACUUCGGCCGGACACAUCGGUCAAACUCCCACCGAACUGCUGGAAGGCAAUCUGGUUCUCCUUACCAUCAUGCUCAUUCAGGACGUUCCAGUCAGAUGCAGAGUUAUGACCCAAUGCAUGUAAGCUCAUUCAUGGGUAGUAUAUUCGAUUCUGCAUUCGACGACUCAAUGUUUAAUCCCUUGAUGGCUUUUAGCAGUUCUGGUUUCGGAAGUCCUCAAGGCACUUCGUCAACUUCUGUCUUCAGCAGUUUUGGUGGUUUUCCCAGUGGAAAUUUCAGGUCAGUAUCAACAUCCUCCAAGUACGUCAAUGGCAAAAUGGUUCGCGUUACGAAAGUAGUUGAAAAUGGCACUGAAACUGUCACAGAGGAAGUUGAUGGCCAGGUAACUAAUCGUACUGUUCGGCAGUGUGGAAAUGGAACUUUGCAAGCAAUGUGAUUUACUUUCAGAAACUAACCUUACUUUUCUCAAAGUGAGACUAUUUUCUUUUUGUAUAAUCACUUUCACAGUUGAUCAGCUAACUAUAAUUAAUGUGAUAUUUAUGUUGUCUAGAUCCGCAAGUUUGAAAUGUAUUGUUGGGCAUCAAUGUAUCACAGUCCCCGAGUAAUUCCUGUUGACAAACUGCAUUCAAGAGGAUACCACCAAUUAAUCCGCUAAUAUCAUUUACUUGAAUGAAAUAAAUACUUCUCAUUAA